AUGGCGCUGCAAACCCCGAAAGGCUUAAUGUUACACGGCGACGUUGGGACGGGGAAGAGUUUGCUUAUCGACCUGUUCGCCGAUUGUCUGCCCAAUCGCAAAAAGCGAAGAUGGCAUUUUAACACAUUCAUGCUGGGAACUCUUUCGCGUCUGGAGGAACUCCGCAUGUCAAGAUCUUCUCCACCCUUGGACGGAGUCGCUCAAGACGAGUACAGCUUGUUAUGGCUAGCUCGCGACCUUAUUGAGGAAUCGCCCGUCCUUUUCCUCGAUGAGUUUCAGCUUCCAGACCGCGUGGCAUCCAAGAUUCUAUCAAACCUUAUGACUAGUUUCUUUCAGCUUGGUGGCGUCUUGAUAACGACGAGUAACCGCAUGCCAGAAGAAUUAGCUAAGGCUGCGGGAAUGGAAUUUGCGAGGCCGAUUUCAAGACUAGGUCGUUUGGGAUGGAGGAUGGGUAUGCAGGGCGUGGUGGGAAGAGACGAUGGACCGGGGCAGAAAGGCGAGUUCGCGCAAUUCUUGGAAGUACUGCGGACGAGGUGUGAGGUUUGGGAGAUGGAAGGCAAGCAAGAUUAUCGGAGGAUUACAGGCAUGGAGGGAUCUUCUGUCCGGUCGGUAGAGACCACGUCGAGGACCAACUCGCGAGGCCCAGGCCAACAAAGUGCUAUCACCGAAACCGACGUUGCUUCCGCGCCAACAAACUCGGAAGUCACCCUCCCAAAACACUACCUUCUUACACCCUCUCCCACCGCCACAGAGGCCGAGGUCAUUUCAUACCACCAAUCCCUGACUGCAAGCGCCCAUAACGCAACAUCUACACCAACCUUACAACGGAUAGCGUGGACUUCCUUCGCCCUAAGAGUCUACGGUCGACCCUUGCACAUCCCUCUGCAAUGCAACGGUGUUGCCCUUUUCAGCUUCGACCAGAUCUGCGGCACCCCUCUGGGACCCGCAGACUACAUUACCCUCGCCUCAACUUACUCCACGAUCAUCAUAACCUCUGUCCCGGUACUCACCCUCCUGCAAAAGAACGAAGCCCGCCGCUUCAUCACCCUCCUAGACGCCAUGUACGAAGCGCGAUGCCGCCUCCUUAUCGCUGCUGCUGCUGCGCCGGAUGACAUUUUCUUUCCCACCUCGCCCUCGACGGAGAGUACCGCAGAGGAGAUAGUGGACGACGCAGUGCACCCAGAAACCUACUCAGAAGUUCACCAAGACCUGACCAGCCCCUUCCGGCCUAAUAUCUCCUCCUACAAUCUCUCUAGCUCUCUGCCGAUGGACAGCCUAGAAGACGACCCACCCAACCGCUUCCGCCGCGCAGGCUCCUCUUGCACCGACGAGUGCCGCGCAGGCACCCACGGCCCAGACUUCGCCAACAUCGCCGGGCUGACGGGCGAGGACGAGCGCUUCGCUGUCAAGCGCGCGGAGAGUAGGAUAUGGGAGAUGUGCUCGCAGAUUUGGUGGGAGAAGGAGGAUCGCUGGCGGCCUUUACCGAUGGAUUCGAGACAUUGGGAAAAGGCGAAACCUGCGAGUGGGGACGUGACGCCUGUAGCGGAGCUGCAAGAGCGGGCGGGCGCACCAAACGAAAUGAUUCCACAUGGUGCGAGCCCAUUUCGGACACGUGAGGAUGCGCCGCCGAAGAUUGCGUGGACGCAUGUUUGGGGGACAGUGAAAUGGGGGAAGAGAGCUGGUGCGUGGGGCAAAGGCGUUGAGGGCUUGGAGGAGCGGAAACGAGAGGCUGAGGUUGGGAAGGCCGAGCGGAAGCAAUGA